UUUACAGAGAAGGAUGAGUAUUCUCCAACUUGCCGUCAUUGGCACCAUGCUGCUCGGGCUAGUCCAUGGAUCUUCUGAUGCUGGAAACGACACCAAAUGUAGUGAUGGAGUAGUUGGGAUUAUAUGCAGACAGACUGUGCACGAUUUACCUCGAAAAAUGAGCGAACUCAACAUGAAUGACAUAAAUGAGAUGAGGGAAUUCAAGAAGUAUGUCGACAAUGCGAUCAACUGUUUUACUGCUCUCACAUGCCCGCCAAACACCAAGGAAACUAGAAAGCAGAGAAUUGAACAAACUGAAAAGUAUCGCCAAGCUCUUGUCUAUUUUGUCGAUAAAUUCCCACAAUGUAGUGCCAAGUUGAAUGCCAGAAAAACAAAGUGUUUUGACCACUGGGACCUGAAUAAAAUCCGUGCGACAGACGAGGAAAAGAACAAUCAGCAAAAAAGAAGUGAGACUUGUGAGAAAUAUUUCGGAAAAGGUGACUGCUUGAAGAAGGAAAUCACAGAAGUUUGUGGCAAGAAAGAAUGGAAUAAGUUCCGCGAGCAAAUCACCAAUCUUUCUCUCGGUUUCUACAGCACAUGCGUCUUCAAGAAGGAUUAAAUAAAUAAAUUGUUUGGUUUCAAUAAAUGUUUGCAAAU